AUGAAGCGAGCCAUUAAUGCUGCUGAGAAGGCGAAGAAGGCCUAUGAGGACGGUAGGGCCAAGGUUGCCGAGGCUGGCAAGGCUAUCCAGGAUCACGCGAACCUGGAGAAGGAUUUGCAGGCUGUCGAACGGCAGGUCAGGGUUUAUGAGUCGAAGUUCGCAGAUCUGUCGUCAGCCCUGGAGUCGGCACGGCUAUCGGCAAAAGAGGCCGUCGAGGUGGCUUUGGAGGAGUCGGAGCGGGCCAAAGCUUCGGAGAUUGAGGCUGCCGUCCAGGAGGCUAUUCGGAAGUACCGCUACUCUCCCGAUUUCUCUACCUUGCUUGACAAGGAGGUGGGCUCGGAGGUGGUGGAUCUCAUCUACCGUUUCAAGCGGUACAAUCCUAGGACGAAGCUUAACUUGAACUUCAUUGCCGAUCCUCCUUCCCUUCCCGAAGGCGUCACAGAAGAAAUGAUAGAGGAGUAUGAAGGGGAGGAUGCCUCGGGAGAGCCUGACGCCACUGGUGCCGAAGAGCGAGCCAUUAAUGCUGCUGAGAAGGCGAAGAAGGCCUAUGAGGACGGUAGGGCCAAGGUUGCCGAGGCUGGCAAGGCUAUCCAGGAUCACGCGAACCUGGAGAAGGAUUUGCAGGCUGUCGAACGGCAGGUCAGGGUUUAUGAGUCGAAGUUCGCAGAUCUGUCGUCAGCCCUGGAGUCGGCACGGCUAUCGGCAAAAGAGGCCGUCGAGGUGGCUUUGGAGGAGUCGGAGCGGGCCAAAGCUUCGGAGAUUGAGGCUGCCGUCCAGGAGGCUAUUCGGAAGUACCGCUACUCUCCCGAUUUCUCUACCUUGCUUGACAAGGAGGUGGGCUCGGAGGUGGUGGAUCUCAUCUACCGUUUCAAGCGGUACAAUCCUAGGACGAAGCUUAACUUGAACUUCAUUGCCGAUCCUCCUUCCCUUCCCGAAGGCGUCACAGAAGAAAUGAUAGAGGAGUAUGAAGGGGAGGAUGCCUCGGGAGAGCCUGACGCCACUGGUGCCGAAGAGGCGGAUGCCGAGGAGGCUACUUGA